AUGAGCAGCCCAAGAACUUUUGCUGCCGUCUGUGCCCAGGCGCAGCGACCGCGCGGCACGUCGCGCGCGGUGCGCAACCGCUCCCAGAGCCCGAACCGGAAAGAAGGCGUCACCUCUAGCCAGGUCGUGGAGGCGCCCACGUCGUCCCGGAUGCACUCCCUGCGCGAGCGGCUCCGGGAGGUGCAGGAGGACCUCUCCAAGGAGAUCGAGGAGCGGCGCACGCUGCAGGCGAACCUCCUCAAGCGCAUGGAGGCUGCCGGCGUGAACGCCAGGCCGUCCGCGACGCGCGCGCGCCAGCCGGUCGUGCCACCACCGCCCCGGCCAGAGCCGACGACCACCCGCCCCGGGGACGGGGAGAGCAUGCAGCGGCCGAGCGACAUCAUGCGCGCGACGAAGGAACUGCUGAACUCCGAGACGGUCACGUCCGUGCUGGGCGCGGCCGCCCGGAAGCCCUCCAAGGCGCCCCCCGGCCGGGCCGGCAUGCGCGUGCGCCUCGCCCCCGCGCGGCCGACGAAGGCGCCCGAGAAGACGGGCGACGCCGCGAUCACCGCGUUCAAGGCGAUCUCGAUCUCCAAGGCGCCGCCGAAGGCACCGCGCUCGCCGCCGCCCGCCCCCCGGCCGACGCCCAAGGAGAGGAUAACGCCCGAGGCCUUCCUCGAGCCGCUCCCGGACCUCACGGAGCGCAAGGAGAAGAAGGACAGGGAGCCGAAGAAGGAGCCCAAGGACGACCCGCCGCCGGAGCCCGAGCCCGCGCCCAGGCCCGCGCCGAAGAACGUCGUCGCGCCGGUCGAGCGCAAGAAGCCCGCCGCGACGCUCACGUUCCAGCCCGCGCCGCCCGCGCCGCCCCCGCCGCCCAAGGUGGUCGAGCCCGUCGUGGUCGAGCCCGCGCAGGUGGAGCCCGCGCCGCCCCCGCCCCCGCCGCCGCCGGUUGCGCGCGAGGUGCUCAACCUGGUGUUCGUGGGGUCGGAGUGCGCGCCGUGGAGCAAGACGGGCGGCCUGGGCGACGUGAUGGGCGCGCUGCCCAAGGCGAUGGCCCGGCGCGGGCACCGCGUGAUGGUGGUGGUCCCCAAGUAUGACUCGGACAAGUACCAGGGCCUCAAGUACACGGGCGUCAACCACACCUACCGCGUCUUCAACAACCAGCACACGGUGGGGUACCACACACUGCACAAGGACGGCGUGGACUACGUGUUCGUGGACCACUACGCGUACCAGGGGCUGGGCAACAACAUCUACCAGGGGUCGCGGGAGGACCUGCAGUUCCGCUGCGCGCUGAUGGUCAAGGCCGCGCUCGAGGCGCCGUGGCACGUGCCGCUGGGGCCCGACAUGCGCACCUACGGGGAGGAGAACCUCGUCUACGUGGCCAACGACUGGCACACGGGCCUCCUGCCCUUCUACCUCCAGGCGCACUACCGCGACCACGGCAAGCUGCAAGGCGCGCGGUCGAUGUUCGUCAUCCACAACAUCGCGCACCAGGGGCGCGGCCCGAUGGCGGACUUGGAGCGGCUGGACACCCCCGAGCACUACAACCACGUGUUCUGCCUGGACGACCCGAUCGGCGGCAUCCACAUGAACAUCAUGAAGGCGGGGCUGGAGUUCUCCAACCAGGUGGUGGCGGUGAGCGGCGGGUACGCGUGGGAGAUCCAGACGCAGGAGGGCGGCUGGGGGCUGGACAGCAUCCUCCGGAACCAGCAGCACAAGCUCAGCGGGAUCGUCAACGGUAUUGACCAGAUGGAGUGGUCCCCUGAGAACGACGUGCACCUGGACGGCGACGGCUACACGCGCUACUCGUUCGACACGCUGGAGACGGGCAAGGCCAAGUGCAAGGCGGCGCUGCAGCGGCAGAUGGGGCUGCCGGUCGACCCGAACGCGCCGCUCCUGGGCUUCAUCGGCCGCCUGGACUACCAGAAGGGCGUCGACCUCAUCCGCGACAACUACGACUGGAUCAUGAGCCAGGGCUGUCAGCUGAUCAUGCUGGGCAGCGGCCGGGAGGACCUCGAGCAGGACCUGCGCAACAUGGAGGAGCGCAACAAGAACCAGUGCCGCGCGUGGGUCGGGUUCUCGGUCGAGAUGGCGCACCGCAUCACCGCGGGCUGCGACAUCCUGCUCAUGCCCUCGCGCUUCGAGCCGUGCGGCCUCAACCAGCUGUACGCCAUGAGGUACGGCACGGUCCCGCUGGUGCACGCCGUGGGCGGCCUCCGCGACACGGUGGAGCCGUUUAACCCGUUCGAGAACAAGGGCACGGGGUGGGCGUUCGAGCGCGCGGAGACGGAGCCGUUCAAGACCGCGAUGGACCACGCGCUCGUCACGUACCGGGAGUACCGGGACUCGUUCUGGGGCAUCCAGAAGCGCGGCAUGCAGCAGGACCUGUCCUGGGACAACGCCGCGGAGCAGUACGAGGACACGCUCAUCAAGUGCAAGUACUCCUGA